AUGGCCGGCAUCUUUCUUCUCCUCGGGCUAUGCUUGGUAAUGGCGGUUGCGUCAUUCCUCGCAGGAGCUCUUCCUCUCUCUAUGUCAUUAUCACAAUCGCAACUACGGCUGAUAUCUAGCAUUGGUGUUGGGAUACUAGUCGGAACUUCACUCAUAGUCAUUAUACCCGAAGGCAUCGAAGCAGCCGCCUCGUCUCCCAUUACGUCGCACGCCCACAAGGUACGAAGCCUGGCGCGAAGAAGCCCGUGGAAAUUCGGGAUUGAGGAGAGGGAUAUCGUUGAGCAAGUUACCCAAGCAAUUACUGUGCGUCAGGUAAAAGAGGCGGAGGAUACAGCAUCACAUCCAGAGCUACCACACAUUGUCGUUUCUCGAAGCACAAUAGCAAUAAGCGAGAAGCGAGAUGACAAACCCGCCGCACCCGCGCCAACCGAUCCAAAUCACGAUUCUCCGAAAGAAGAGGGCGAGAAGCAUAACGAUGAACCCCAUGUAGAGAUUCCGGGCUUCGAAGUCGGAUUCUCCAUGAUUCUCGGCUUCAUUCUGAUGUUCCUGAUAGACAGACUUCCAAAACAUGCCUCGGAUAGUCUGCAGUCAGGACCUCAACCCCAGCAUUUUAGCCUGGAUAAUUUAGGUGGCAAUGCCGUCGAAACCGCAUCGGUAGACGAAGAAGAAGGCUUCUUGGGUUCGCUGACGCCAACACCAAAACAUACAAGAACACUAGCUACAACAAUUGGCCUGGUAAUCCACGCAGCUGCAGAUGGUAUCGCCAUGGGCGCUUCAUCAGCAACAUCCAACGUGAAGCUUGGAUUUAUAAUUUUCAUUGCCAUUAUGAUCCACAAGGCACCGGCGGCUUUUGGCCUGACAUCAGUCCUUCUAAGACAAGGGCUGUCGAAACGCGCAGCUCGCGGCCACCUGGCUGUCUUCAGUAUGGCGGCCCCGGUGGGAGCUUUGUCAACGUGGCUAAUGAUUAAGCUACUCGGUGGCGAUCGCCUUGAUGGUGAUGCAGGAAUGUGGUGGACAGGGAUGUUGUUACUCUUCUCAGGAGGGACAUUCUUAUACGUAGCAAUGCACGCCAUGCAAGAAGACAGCUCCUCUCAUAAUCACGACAGUCACUCCAACUCGAAUGGAUACUCGGACGGAACACCGAGUGCUCAGCGAAAACCAAAAGGACCCGAGAUGCGCGACACCUUGGCGACAGUCGCGGGCAUGCUUCUACCUCUUCUCACACAGUUUGGACACCAUCAUUAA